AUGGCUACUGGACACAAAAAGAAGCAGGUCAUCAUCGUUGGCGGCGGAGUGACAGGUCUCACUCUGGCACUAACACUGCAGCAUCUGGGCAUUGACUGGGUGCUCCUGGAGGCAUACGGUAGUGUUGUGCCAGCGGUGGGAAGCGGAAUUGGGCUCUACGCUAAUGGGCUUCGGAUCUUGGAUCAACUGGGUAUCUACCACAAGGUUGCGGCCAGCGGCCAAACGACUGAGUCAAUGAACUACAUCGAUGGCACCUCGGGUGGGCUGAUGAUGAGACGCAUCCUCAAGUCACUCAUGGUUAAACGGCAUGGAUACAUCAACAUGUUUCUGCCACGCUCAGCGCUACUCGGGAUAAUGUAUGACGCCAUCGUCGACAAGAAGCGCGUUGUGUGCAACCAGAAGGUGAAGCAAGUCGAGACUACCGAGGAUAGUGUUUUCGUCCACACAGAGGACGGCACGACCUUUGAAGGACAGAUUGUCGUGGGCGCAGAUGGUUCACGGAGCACGGUGAGAAGGGAGAUGUGGCGAAACGCCGACGAACAGAAACCGGGCUGGAUUCCAGAGCAGGAUCGAGAGAACAAGCCCUGUGAGCACAUGUGUCUCUUUGCCACGGCCGCACCCGUCAAGGGAAUAGCUGCUGGAGAUGUGAUUGGCUCUGCUAUGCCCGGAAAGGCGGCUGGAUUGAUGUGCAAUCCAGACAACAGUAUCUUCUGGUUCUGGUUCUGGACUCUCCCUUCAUCAAUGCGUUCAAUCUCUCUUGACCAGAUCCCACGACCUUCAAAGGAGGACAUCCAGCGCGAGUUAUCGAGCUGUGGCGACGCCAUCGUGUCUGCGACUGGCACGCAUAUGUCAGAUCUGGUCAAGACCAUGGAGAAUCAAGGUGCUACAGCCUUGCCUAAUUACGUCCUCAAACGUUGGCACUAUGGGCGCAUUGUUAUUCUCGGUGACGCUGCACACCUCUUUAAUCCCCUGGUUGGGCAAGGUGCCAACAGCUGUAUGGAGUCAGCAGCAGCCUUAGCAAACGUCUUGCACGAACAUCUAGGCCCUGAUAGGAGGACAGCUGCUUCCUGGCCCCUGAAGAAGUUGUCCACAGCUCUCGUUGCUCUUGAGGAGCUGCGGGUCCCGCGCCUCGAGUUUAUGGUGAGCAAGUGCCAGGACGCUAUGCACAUGGUAGCCUGGGAAACAUGGUUCCCCAAAUUCAUGAUGACGAGGGUUAUUCCCCUGUUACCUCUACCUAUAUUCGUGAAUUCCUACAGCGAACUGAUUGUUGACGGCGUUUGUCUGAAUGACCAAUUCCCCCGCGCAACGGCUCCGCAUGAGUGGCCGUUCCCCGAAGAAAGAUCUAAGCAGAUGGGGUAUUCGGUGGGAGCAAAGGCAGGGGUUGUCGGUGCUGCAUUGGCUGCUACAGUGUUUGCUUUAUCCGUGGUUGGCAAUGGGUGGAAGCAUUUACCAAUAACCAAUUUGUCUACGCAGGGCAUCUGA